AUCCGUCACCCUGGACGAGCCUCCAAUGUUUCGUCUGUGCCCCUGCGGGCGUGUGACAUAGUUGGAAGCAGUGCUACUGCCACUGCCACUGCCGAGCAAGUCAAGAUGCACGCCGGACUGUCCCUGGCCGUCACCGUGUGGGUCCUGACGGGCAUCUCCCUCUUGCUCCUCGCUCUACGCCUCUACACGCGCCUGCGCAUCGUGCGCUUCGUCGGCGCCGAGGACUACCUCUACGUCUGCACCGGCGUCUUCCUGCUCGCCUUUGCCGGCUGCCUGCAGGUCGCCGUCUACUAUGGCCUGGGCCGCAGCUUUUGGACCCUGUCGGUGGACGACUCGUCGCGCGCCAUCUUCUGGACUUAUGUGGCGAACACAUUCGCCAUCGCCGGCAACGCCAUGGCCAAGCUGUCCAUGGGCUUCUUCCUGCUGCGCGUCGUCCAGCUGCGCGGCCAAAAGGCCGCCCUGUGGCUGCUCAUCGUCGUCACCGCUGGCACCUCCUUCGCCCUGGUCGUCAUGCUCUGGAACCAGACCACGCCGAGGAAAGCGAGCUGGGAUCCGCUGCGCACCCCCGGCAAGUGGAACAUUCAAAUACAGCCCAUGAGCGUGGGGCUCGGGGGUUGGUCGAGCGCCUGCGAUUUCUUCUUUGCCAUUUUCCCCUGGAUAUUCAUCUGGUCGCUUCGGAUGCCCCGGCGAGACAAGAUCAUGUUGGCUGGCGGCAUGAGUCUCGGCGUCAUCGCUGGAGCGUGUGGGAUUAUCAGAACGGUGGUGUUAUCGCGGUUAGACAUCAUGGACUACACACUCAACUUUGCACCCUAUUUUGUAUGGGCUGGUGCCGAGAUUGCCGUCGCAAUGGUGUGUCUCGGAAUCCCAACCCUACGCCCCCUCUAUCUCAAGCACCGCGGCCGGAGCAUCGGGUACGGCGACAGGCAGCACAGCCACGCCAGUGACCCAGAGCUGCCUCAGUUCGACAUGGUCGACCAGAAACACGCCGGCCCGUCACAGGGGCCGCAACUCGGGGAGCAGGGCCCAAUCCCGCACGACCACAAGCGGCAAGAUCACAAGCAGGAUCACAAACAACAAAUCAUUCUCCCCGCCAGCCCGCCUCCUAGCUACGUCCGGGACUCUACAUCGUCACACACCGUGGUAGAGCCGGAGCCGAGCCCGGAGCCUCUGCCAGAAUUAGCGAAGCCCCUGAAUGUCUACUCGAGGGGGCGCGACAGCGUCGACGACAUACUCGGCCUGUACGACGCCGAGCGCAGCCGGAGCCGGGGGCGGACAGUGAGCAGGGGCAACCACAGCAACAAAAGCAGUAGCAGCAACAACAGCAAGACGAGCCUCUACGCUCCGGGCGUGAUAUGGGUCAGGAACGAAGUCUUGGUCGAGGUGGAGCACGACUACAGGAACUGGCCCCUGAAGAACUAAUUAGACAGACUCUUCUUAGACGAGACCACACCUCAGUCACCGAUCGCCACACGGCGAGACGGUGUUGUGCCGGACAGAUGGAUUAUUUUUGGAGUUUUGGAACUGGCAUACAUUGGAAACGGAUACCCUGUCGCUUGUCGAGUCUGAAGCCUGUCGUCUGUUUGCUAUUUCUCUCUGAUUUGGACAAUUAGUU